GGUGGAUCACGCCGUGCAGCAUUUUCUAUAAAACACCCCCCCCCCCGCAGCCGGCUCGCUGUGGAGGAGCAGUCGCCGGGGUUCGGGCAGAGAAGGCGAGAAGGACAAACUGUUUCAAAGCGCACGGAUUUAUCUCUCCACUGACAACAGACCUGUUCAAGAGUUUACCUGGGGGAAAGGAAAAGGAAACAAGGAAAAGAAACUGGACGGAGGGGAAGAAUUACGCACUGACGAGUUUUGAACGCAACAGAAGCGCCUUUUACGCACAGAGUGAGGUGGAUGCUGGAAAGCGGACCCUCUCGUUGGAGAUGUUACCCCUGCCACAGUUCGGGGUCCUGUCGGCCCUGACCACCGCGCUCACCUCGGUCCUAUCCGCGCUCUUGUUGCUGGCGCUGACCCGACAGCUGUGGAGCCUCCGCUGGAGCCUGACCCGGGACAAAGAGAGCAGCUUGCCGCUGCCGAAGGGCUCCAUGGGCUGGCCACUAAUCGGAGAGACUUUUCACUGGCUUUUUCAGGGUUCCAACUUCCACAUCUCGCGCAGAGAGCGGCACGGCAAUGUGUUUAAGACCCAUCUCCUUGGGAAACCUGUCAUCCGGGUGACGGGUGCAGAAAACAUCCGCAAGAUCCUGCUGGGCGAGCACACCCUGGUGUGCACCCAGUGGCCCCAGAGCACCCGCAUCAUCCUAGGACCCAACACCCUGGUCAACUCCAUCGGAGACCUGCACAAGAGGAAGAGAAAAAUCCUGGCUAAGGUGUUUAGCCGGGGGGCUCUGGAGUCCUACCUGCCCCGGCUGCAGGACGUUGUCAAGUGUGAAAUCAACAAGUGGUGCUCGGAGCCUGGCGCCAUUGACGUUUACGGCGCCGCCAAGGCCCUGACGUUUCGCAUCGCCAUCAGAGUCCUGCUGGGUCUCCAGAUGGAGGAGGAGCGCACCGUGUACCUGGCCCAGAUCUUCGAGCAGCUGAUGAACAACCUCUUCUCGCUCCCCAUGGACGCUCCGCUCAGUGGGCUACGCAAGGGGAUAAAAGCCAGGGAAAUCUUGCACGCCAACAUGGAGAAAAUCAUCGAGGAAAAGAUGGCGCGGCAGCACACAGAGGAAGAAUACCACGACGUAUUCGACUACAUACUGUUGAGCUCCAAAGAGCAUGGCCAUCAGCUCAGCAUCCAGGAGCUCAAGGAAACGGCGGUAGAGUUGAUCUUCGCUGCUCACUCCACCACAGCCAGCGCCUCCACAUCGCUAAUUCUUCAGCUUCUUCGCCACCCUGAGGUGGUGGAGAGGGCCAGGGUCGAGCUGGAGGCCGAGGGCCUCGGCUGCGAAUCCCCCAGCGGUCCCAGCCCGCUGCCGGCUGUCGCCAUGGAAAAAGAGGAGGACACCGAGACAACCUGCCUUCUGAACGGCGGCUGUCAAAAUCACAGCGAUGGUAUCCCACAUUCCCAGUCUCACGUGCCGUACCUGAGCCUGGACAAGCUGAGCCAGCUCCGCUACGUCGACUGUGUUGUCAAAGAGGUUCUCCGCUUCCUGCCGCCAGUCUCGGGGGGUUACCGGACAGCCCUGCAGACAUUUGAAUUAGACGGCUACCAGAUCCCCAAAGGCUGGAGUGUAAUGUACAGCAUCCGGGACACCCAUGAGACUGCAGCGGUCUUCCAGAGCCCGGAGCUGUUUGAUCCAGACCGGUUCGGCCCAGACCGGGAGGAGAGUCGGUCGGCUCGGUUCAGCUACGUGCCGUUCGGCGGCGGCGUGCGGAGCUGCGUAGGGAAAGAACUGGCACAGAUCAUCCUAAAGACUCUGGCUGUGGAGCUGAUCGGGACUUGCAAAUGGACUCUGGCCACGGAGAACUUCCCCAAGAUGCAGACAGUGCCGAUAGUGCACCCGGUAAACGGGCUGCACGUGCAUUUUGCUAACUUGCGUAAGUAAUUUAACUUUCAACGUGCUUCUGGAAAAAAACUCUCUAAGCCCAGGAAAGGAGGCACAAGCAACACACGGGGCCUGAGGGCACAGUUUAGGCGCCGUGAUCCUUUCCAUGGACACGAAUAAUGGGUUCUGUUCUGCAGCGUAUCGUUUCCCAGCAAUUAUUUAAAUGCAUUUUCUAAGUUAUUCUUGUACAUGAAUAACUCGUAAAAGAGUUGCAGUGCAAAAAGCAGCAUUAUUCUUCUUUAAUCUUCCAUAUAUAUAUUCUUUCUUUUACAGAAAGUCAGGGUUUGCCUUGCUGAAUAGACUGCAUGCUUAAGUUACAACGGCAAAUGGUUCUAUUGGGAGCUAAAAAACCAACAUGUCAGUGCCUCAUUAAAAGACUUUAGGCCCAUUUGUCUUACCUGAAGACAUACAACACAUCCACUGUAUGACAGAAUAGAAAGACUUUCUAUGAAGCCAGCUUUGUUCCAAGUCUGAUGAAACCCAGGGACAAAGAUUCAGCAUUUUAAAAUCCACUUUUAUAGUUUGUACAUCUUAGAAGCUUUUACAUCAAUGUGUAAGUACAUAUCCAAGGUCUAUGCAUGCUGAUGUGAUUCAUGAGUAUUUAAAUCUACUUACAUUUACAAAACCUUUAAGAUUCACGGUCAGAUUUCUCUUUCAAUCUUGCAGUCCAGCGACAGAAGUGGGGAAAUCACCUUCAAUGACUGUGUUUUGUGUUCUUUUCUUGUUUCUUGUUUAACAUCCUAUUACUAGGGUUGGGUGCCAAAACCUAGUGAUG